AUGGGUGGUGUCUACAUAUUAUUGGGGAAAUUCAUUAUGGUUUAUGGGGCUCAGUUCGCAUUAAUGAAGCCUAUGGCAUACUCAUAUAUCUUUAUGGGGUGUGAUUUUGUAUCCUUAGUGGUUCAAGCUGCCGGUGGUGCUAUGGCUGCAAGUGCAACUACUAAAUCGGAUAAUGAAUUAGGUACUCAUGUUAUGGUUGCUGGAUUAGCUUUCCAAGUGUUUUCAAUGACUAUUUAUGUUGCAUUGUUUUUACAUUAUUUUUACAAGAUAAAGUUUUUCAACAAAAAGGAACAUGAAGAGUUGGAGGUUGAAGCAUUUAAUCCAGCUUAUAAACAAUUAAGAUCAAGAAAAAUAUUUCAAUGGUUUCCUUAUGUUGUUUUCGCUUGUGUUGCAUUGAUUUAUAUCCGUUGUGUUUAUAGAGUUGUUGAAUUGGCUGAAGGCUGGUCAGGUUAUUUGAUUACACAUGAAUUGUUUUUAUUUUUCCUAGAUGCUUUGAUGAUUGCUCUUACAGCUUUCCUGUUGAUUGUUUUCCAUCCAGGUACUGUGUUUGAUGGAAGAAAUAUUAAAAUUCAAGUUGCUGGACAAUCCAAAGAUAAGAAAACUAAUCAUGAAGGUGUUCCUUUAGAUGAUUUGAAAAAAGAUGGUGACUUUGAUGAAGCUUCUGAUCAGUCAUUCAACAGUGUCAAGUUUAAGAGAAAUCACAUUUAG